AUGAGCAUCCAAGUUUUGAAUGAAAUAUGUACAUUUGUCUUCUGUGAAGUGCCCAACCUCUAUAUGACCGGGAGGCUAUGGAGAUCUGUCGGUGAUGAAUUGGGCCAUCCACUACCGAGUAACCGCGCAAUUUAUGAUGUUCCGGAAGAUACACUUGACUUUCAAAUCAAGGCGAGUAGGUAUUGCGCCAACAUACUUGUUUUGCGAGGUGUAACCAAGAGCGGCUAUCACGAACCGAUGACAUCUGUGACACUCCCAUUCCGUACCAUUUCGAACAACCCGGCAGAAGAUGUUUUACUCUUGGAGGAGCUCAAACAGGGGCUUUUUGACCUCGCUGAGGAACUGGAUAUUGAGAUCAUAGUAACAGAGAACCAGAUAUAUAAUCCGUCUCCUAUUACGGGAAGAAAUUCAUUCUAUAUCAAUCUCAUCGGAAUAGAGUCACAAGCGUCCACUGCUUAUCUACAUCUAUGGUCACUUGUUGAGUUAUAUCAGAGAUCUAAGUCUGCGGCACCAUCAACUUUUAUCGAUUGUCUGAAUCUGGAUGCAUAUUCACUGCUACCGACAGUAGUAGGUGUUGAAAUGGCAAACAUUAAACAUAUCUCGACUACAUAUAAGACAGAGAUCCAUAUACCUUCGUUACUGUCCCCAUUAGAAAGUAAAACAGCUACCAAUAAAAAUAUGCGGCCCCAAAUUUUCUUUUCAGGACCAAUUCAUUCAAUGGUGUUAGCUGCAAAAGAUGCUACACUGAAAACAGUAAAAAAUCUGAACUCUUCCCUUUACUAUAAAAGAUUUUCAAAUAUCUCCCCGCAGAAACUUUUGUAUCUCCGAAAACAUUAUCAACCAGAACUGAACAGACUCAUGAUAAAAUAUCAGUCAUUUAUAAGAGCUACACAUGAGUUUGUUGAGUUUCAAUCACCUUGCCCUGCUCUAUUGGAGUCAGUUAUCAAAGUGUUUACCAUCAAUGUACUUCAUCAGAUUGCCGAAAUUCAGAUAACUCUGAAGGAAAAUUUCAUUUUCUCCUCCGAACUAUUGAGUUCGAUAUGUUUGGACGAAUCAAACAAUAAAAUAAUUUUGGCUACGACAGGGACACAUUCUAAUCAAUUGCUAAUUGUUGGCAAUCAUUCAGAAUUGACCCCAACUAAACAUUCUAAUCAAUUUUUUUCAGCGAGAGGCAGUUUACUUGAGUGUGUGAUAAAAAUUGUUUCUGCACUGCCGGAAGACUCACUUUCUCAAUUGAAAGCUAUAUUCGAAAUACAUGUUGAUUAUGAAGAUUUCAUUUCUGGUAAAAAAAAUGGUAAAAUAACACGUAUAAUGGAAACUAUACCGUGCCUCAUCAAAUUGGAAAAACUCGAGGAAGAUGACUCGAUAUUCUUAAGUUUGUUCGCCAAUUCUUUAAACAAUUUUGCAGAAACAUUUUCAAUGGUUAUAAAUGAAUUGCCUGCUGAAGAGUCAUUUUUCAUUCCCGAGAUUUAUCAUCGUCCUGUUAUAGGUGCCGGAGGAUCAGUUAUUCAAGCAACCAUGAAAAAAUAUAAUGUGUUUGUCCGCUUUUCUAAUAGCUUUUUCUUACCCCAAAGCGAGCUUUGUCAUGUAAGAUACGAUAAUGUCAUUAUAAGAUGUCCAUUCAAGAAUGUGUCGUCUAUCUCUUCUGCAAAAAGUGAGCUAAAUCAACUUGCUAGGGAAUAUGGAAGAUCGCAACCAAGAGCUUUAAUAAAAUUUACUCCAGGACAAUAUAGAUACAUGCUGUCUUUGACUCCUAAAGGUAGUCAAGCAAUCGGAAAUAUUGAAAAAAAGCACAAUGUAUACGUAAUGUUUCCGUUUGUAGAACCGUCGGAGGGAUAUCUGCUCGAAAUUCGCGGCAAUGAUGAUGCAGCGUACAGCGCGGCUAAAGAUUUAGUUGAUUCAUCAUUUGGGUUAGAAACAGAAUUGCAUUUGAACAAAGAACUCGACCUAAACGAGGAAUUCUAUAACUUCCUAGUUUUCCCGUUUAAGCACACGAUGAAAAUUGAGAUUUCGGCGCAUAAAAAUCUACUGCGGAUGACGUAUCAAGAAGGCAAUCUGUUGCUUAAUAAAGCCUUCACGAUCUUAGCUAGCUGGUUUAAAUCCAAAGAUCUUGAGGUCGUAGGUAAAGAAGUUGUACGCGACUUUGUCAUUAAAUCCAAAAAUCCCGAAAGCCUCGCCCUACAUACCCCAUCUCCAAAUUCGAAGACGCCUCCAGAACAGGUUUAUCAAGUUAAAGCUGCCUCAAUACUCAUGACAAACUUGCACGAUACCCAAUAUUUUCAGCCAUCGUCAACGCCCCAUGUUUUCCAUACCUCCUUACUUGAUGAUCGAAAAAUCAUGCAUCCAUAUUAUACAAAAGUUUCGACUAGAAAUAAUGGAUGGACCUAA